AUGUCCAGCUGCCUGGAUGAGCUCUGUACCGUCACUGGUGUAGCUCGCUCUUUCAUCAGGGUGUGGAGCAACGCAGUGGUGACCGGAGAAUGGAUCUGUGGCUGGAGGCGAGACUGGAGCCUCGGUGCGCUUUCUAGAGGUGUUGCAGUGUGCGAGCUGGAAGUCCGCGUUUGGGAUUCUUCGUUUGUCACUUUUACGAGGACGGGCAAGUUAACCUGGGCCUCAGUUUUCCCACCUCUAGUCCCCAGAUCAAUAAACGUGGCCGAUCGUCGCGGCAAUCCUAAUAGUAGUACGGCCAGCGCUGUUCCUGCAACAGCGCUGACCAGCACUGUGCUCACCAGCGCUGCUCUGCCUCCAAAAUGCAGCAAAAACAAUGCUUUAGUAACUCAGGGCUCUCAGCACUACCUUCCGGAGUGCACCUCUGAGCCGGAACUUGUCUUUAAUACGUGUUUUGUUAAAAAUAGUUAUAAUGGCGACUCGUUGGUGCUCAUUCCUUGGCGUGAACACAAACACCGAGAGAGAGAUUGGUGUGAGGAGCUGGAGCGCAGAAUGGUGGUCGAGCCAAGUCUGCAAGAUGAAAGUGAAUUCUUGUAUGCCGCGCAGCCUGAGUUGCUGAGGUACAGGACGCCACGGCUCUCAGUAGAGAAGGUUAUGGACUGGUAUCAGACAAGAGCAGAGGAAAUAGAGCAUUAUGCUCGGCAGGUUGACUGCGCAUUGUCACUCAUUCGACUUGGAAUGGAGCGGAACAUUCCCGGUUUGCUGGUUCUGUGUGAUAACUUGGUCACCCUGGAAGCCUUGGUUUAUGAAGCCGGGUGUGAUUUAACCCUAACCUUGAAAGAACUCCAGCAGAUGAAAGACAUUGAAAAACUACGUUUGCUGAUGAGUAGUUGUUCUGAGGACAAGUAUGUGAGAAGUGCCUACCAGUGGAUGGUUCCCUUUCUUCAUCGUUGUGAGAAACAGUCUCCUGGGGUGGCUAAUGAGCUACUCAAAGAAUAUUUAGUGACUUUAGCUAAAGGGGACUUAAAAUUUCCCCUGAAGAUAUUUCAGCAUUCCAAACCAGAUCUGCAGCAAAAAAUUAUCCCUGAUCAGGACCAACUGAUGGCAGUCGCCCUAGAGUGCAUCUACAACUGUGAACGAAAUGACCAGCUGUCCCUCUGCUACGACAUAUUAGAAUGUCUUCCACAACGAGGAUGCGGUCCUAAAACCGAGGUAACAACGGCUCUUCAUGAUAUGGUAGACCAACUGGAACAAAUUCUCAGUGUGUCAGAGCUUUUGGAGAAACACGGACUUGAGAAACCGAUUUCGUUUGUUAAGAACACUCAGUCCAGUCCAGAAGAGGCACGUGCGCUGAUGGUCAGAUUGACCAGGCAUACUGGCCGGAAGCAGCCUCCUGUCAGUGAGUCUCAUUGGAGAAUGUUGCUGCAGGACAUGUUAACUAUGCAGCAGAAUGUUUACACCUGCCUAGAUUCUGAUGCCUGCUAUGAGAUAUUUACAGAAAGCCUUCUGUGUUCCAGCCGCCUUGAAAAUAUCCACUUGGCCGGGCACAUGAUGCACUGCUGUGCUUGUUCGGCAAAUCCCCCAGCUAGUGCUGUGCAGAAAGGGAAGACCCACUACAGGGUCAGUUACGAAAGAAGUAUUGACUUGGUUUUGGCUGCCAGCAGAGAGUACUUUAACUCUUCCACCAGCCUCACUGAUAGCUGCAUGGAUCUGGCCAGGUGCUGCUUACAGCUGAUAACAGAUCGGCCUGCGGCCAUUCAAGAGGAGCUAGAUCUGAUCCAGGCCCUGGGAUGUCUUGAAGAAUUUGGGGUAAAGAUCCUGCCUUUGCAAGUGCGGUUGUGCUCGGAUCGGAUCGGCCUCAUCAAGGAGUGUAUUUGCCAGUCUCCCACGUGCUACAGACAAUCCGCCAAGCUCCUGGGCCUUGCUGACUUGCUGAGGGUGGCAGGUGAAGACCCAGAAGAAAGGCGUGGACAGGUUCUGAUCCUUCUAGUAGAACAAGCACUUCGUUUCCAUGACUACAAAGCAGCCAGUGUGCAUUGUCAGGAGCUCAUGGCCACAGGUUAUUCUAAGAGUUGGGAUGUUUGUAGCCAGUUAGGACAAUCAGAAAGUUACCAGGACUUGGCCACGCGUCAGGAGCUCAUGGCUUUUGCUCUAACACAUUGCCCUCCUGGCAGCAUUGAACUUCUUCUGGCGGCGAGCAGCUCUCUGCAGACAGAAAUUCUUUAUCGAAAAGUGAAUUUCCAGAUCCAUCCAGAAGGAGGAGAGGGUAUCAGUGUUUCACCAUUAAUUAGUAAAGCGCUACACGAGGGUGAUGUCAGUGUUCCCGGCAGCAGCGCAGACCUGCUCCCGUGGGGCUCCGCGGCCACCAGGAAAGUCCUGUCCAGCACCACGACGACCACCAAGGCCGUGCUGCAGGCCGUGAGUGACGGGCAGUGGUGGAAGAAGUCUUUAACGUACCUUCGGCCGCUUCAAGGGCGAGAAUUUGGCGGUGCUUAUCAGACGGGAACCAUAGCCAAUGAAGGUCUAGAAAAACAAGGCUGCCAUCCUUUCUAUGAGGCUGUCCUCUCCGAUCCCUUUGUCACAGAGUCUGCAGUGACCUGUGACCCUUAUCAGCACGUUCCGGGAGAGAGCUUUGCGGAAGUAUUGCUAAGAACUGGAAAGCUGGCAGAGACUAAAACGGAAGGAGAGGAGGUGUUUCCGACAACAGAAGUUCUCUUGCAGCUGGCAAGCGAUGCUUUACCAAGUGACAUGACCUUGGCUCUUGCAUAUCUCCUUGCUUUGCCACAGGUGUUAGAUGCCAACAAGUGCUUUGAAAAGCAGGCCCACUCUGCUCUGUCCCUCCAGCUGGCAGCGUAUUACUACAGCCUCCAGAUCUAUGCUCGACUGGCUCCAUGUUUCAGGGACAAGUGCCAUCCUCUUUACAGGGCUGAUCCCAAAGAGCUCAUCAAGAUGGUCACCAGGCACGUGACUCAAUACGGACAGGACGCCUGGCCAGAGGACCUUGUCUCACUGACCAGGCAGUUGUACUACUACAACGAACGUCUCCUGGAUUUCACGCAGGCCCAGAUCCUUCAGGGCCUUCGGAAGGGUGUGGAUGUGCAGCGGUUUACUGCAGACGACCAGUAUAAAAGGGAAACUAUCCUUGGUCUGGCAGAAACACUUGAGGAGAACGUCUACGGCAUCGCCCUCUCUCUGGCGCAGCGCUACAGUGUCUCUCGUUGGGAAGUUCUUAUGACGCAUUUGGAGUUCCUGUUCACGGACAGCGGUUUGUCCACAGUAGAAAUUGAAAAUCGAGCCCAAGCUCUUCAUCUCUUUGAGACUUUGAAGACUGAUCCUGAAGCCUUUCACAAGCACAUGGUCAAGUAUAUUUACCCCACUAUUGGUGGCUUUGAUCACGAAAGGUUACUCUAUUAUUUCUCUCUUCUGGAAAGCUGUGGCUGUGCGGAUUUGGGGAAAUAUGCCAUUAAACCAGAAACGCACAUUCGGCUGCUAAGGAAAUUUAAGGUAGUUGCUGCAGGUCUUAAUUACAAAAAGCUGACAGAUGAAAACAUGAAUCCUCUUGAAGCCCUGGAGCCAGUUCUUUCAAGUCAAAAUAUCUUAUCUAUUUCCAAACUUGUUCCCAAAAUCCCCGCAAAGGAUGGACGGAUGCUCUCCCCGAGCUCUCUGUACACCAUCUGGUUGCAGAAGCUGUUCUGGACUGGAGACCCUCACCUCAUUAAACAAGUCCCAGAGUCCUCCCCCGAGUGGCUCCGCGCCUACGAUGUCUGUGUGAAAUACUUUGAUCGCCUCCACCCGGGCGACCUCCUCACUGUGGUGGACGCCAUUACAUUUUCUCCGAAAGCUGUGACCAAGCUGUCCGUGGAAGCACGCAAAGAGAUGACUAGAAAGGCUAUUCAGACAGUCCAACAUUUUAUCGAGAAGCCACGGAAAAGAAGUUCGGAAGACAACAUUCAAGAAGCUAGUGACCCUAACAUCACCUAUGCAGAUGUCCGGGAUCAGCUGGAGAAAUCACUUGCUCACCUAGAAACUCUCAACCACACCUUCCUUGUGUCUCUGAGGAACAGUGAGCAGGAGACACUGCGGAAGUACGGUCACCUGUAUGAUCUGUCCCGAUCAGAAAAAGGGAAAGUUCAUGAUCAAGCUGUGGCUAUGUGUCUAGAUGGUCUGCCUCUGAGAAUGAUUCAACAGCUGCUGCAGGUGGCCGUGGGCCCUCUCGACAUCUCGCUCAAGGAAGUGGUACAGGACGCAGUAAGAAAAAUAGUUUCUGCCCUGAGUGGAGGCGAUGCUGAGCUCGGUGGGCCACGGGACCCCCUCCAGGUCCUGGAAAGUGUUGUCGCAGCCGUCCACACCAGCGUGGACCAGGGGGAGGACCUGGUCUCCUCGGAUGACCUCCUGGAGUGGCUGCGGCCUUUCUGUGCUGACGACGCCUGGCCCGUGAGGCCCCGCAUUCAGGUGCUGCAGAUUUUGGGACAGUCGUUUAACCUGACUGAGGAGGAUGGCAAGCUCCUUGUGUUCUUUAGAACGGAAGCGAUUCUCAAAGCCACUUGGCCCCAGAGACAGGUGGACGUAGCCGACGUUGAGAACGAAGAAAAUCGCUAUUCUCUCUUCAUGGAGCUCCUGGAAUGCAGCCACCAAGAGGUCGAGUUUCAGCACUUGAUUUUGCUCCUGCAGGCCUGGCCACCUAUGAAACAUGACCAUGUACCCGGCGUCCCCGGCAACCCGUGGGUGAGACUGGCAACAGCCAUGCUGACCAGGUGUAGGACGGGGAACAGAGACGGACUGGGGAACGAGGUUUUGAAGAUGUGCCGCUCCUUAUAUGACACCGCGCAGAUGCUCCCCGCAGAGGGUGUGAAGGAGCUGAGCUCCCUGCUGCUCAGCCAGUCGCUGCUGCUCCCAGCCCUGAAGCUUCUCCUCGAGAGCCGGGACGAGAGCCUUCACGCAGUGGCGCUGGAGCACAUCACUGCCAUCGUCAAGGUGAAUGACUCCAACUGUGACCAAGAACUUCUUUCCUUGCUCCUGGACGCCAGGCUGCUGGUAAAGUGCGUCUCCACCCCCUUCUACCCACGAAUGAUCGAGCACCUCUUGGCCAGCCCGCAGCAGGGGCCCUGGGAUGCGGAGGGACUGGCCAGACAGCUGCGGGAGGCUGGCCACAGGGCCGAAGCUGGGUCGCUCCUCCUGGCCGUGCGGGGGACGCACCGGGCCUUGCGAACCUUCAGCGCAGCGCUCAGCGCGGGGCAGCACUGGGUGUGAGCCCACCCCGGGUCUACCCGGUCAAGUUCCUCAGCAACCCGGUGGGAAGGAGCCCCACAGCCGAACGCUGUCCCACAGGCCACAUGUGCACCUGCUGAUUGCUCUCAGUGGUUCCCACAAACUGCAAAUAAAGCUGUAUAUAAGCGAUGA